AUGUUGUCGGUUAACAACCAGCGACGUCCAUUGGUUGACACAAACGUAACUCCAAGUGUGGGAAUAACGCGACCCUCGACCGAACAGGAUUCCCCUGCUUCCAACAGCAACAGUCUGUCGGCAUCGCCAACCCUCACUGGUUAUGGGACUCACAACGGUCCUUACUCUACACUUGAAGCCCGUUCGUGUUCAUCCUCUGCGUCUAGUGUACUUUCCUUAGGUGGCCUCUCGAUAACUGAUAUUCAGUCGGAGCAAAAAUCGUCGCACUCGAGUUCUUUUCAGCAAGACACAACCGAUGCGAGCCUAACGCCGACAUCGGUCGACAGCCCUACUAAUGCCGCUGCGUCUUCUUUAACUCGUAGAGUUCAUAUUGCCGGACAUGCACACGAUCGAAGCAGAUCUGCAUCGAUAGACGGGGAAAUUGAACAUUCUGCUUGGUCCCUCGAAAAAGUACUGCAAUGGCUUGAGGAUAAUGC